AUGUCCAUUCGUGAUUUCAUGACUGAUUCGUGAUAAAAAUGAGCAAUAAUUUGUAAAUUUUCCUUUCUAGUAUGUUUAGAAAAACAAUUUUUUAGUAGUUACGCGAUUAUCAUAAGAAGUUCUUACCUGAAUCAUAUUUAUUUCUUUUCAAAGAGAAACUUUGGUAACUUCUCCACCAAAGACAUGUCUUUGUUCUCGACUCUCUUGAGUGUAGCUUAAAAAGUAUUUUUUCCGGUCUGAUCAUCAGCUAUCCUAUCCCUGUAAUUUUUUUAGUCUCAAUGGAGGACGUGUCUUCAAAAUUGAUCUUUUUAUUUUUGAUACUCUUUUCCACGCAUGAUUUUGGGUUUUGCGGUGAUACCUGUGACCCUGGUGAUAACUCAAUAUGCAGCCAGGAACCAACCAGCAAGAGUUCAGUGUACGCCAAAGAGGCAAGUUAUAUAGUCUCCGAAAUCGAGAAAGCGGAGAAGGAGUUCAAACCAUGCCAUGAUCCUCUAUCAUGUUACAGUCCUGUCAUUCAAGCUGAUUUGAAACCGUUCAAGGGUGGAAUUACCAAAGAUAUGAUUAGUGAGGCAGAAAAGAAGGGUACGAAGUAUCAAAUAAUUGAUGGUCAGCUGUAUCGAUCUAAAGACUGCAUGUUCCCAGCAAGGUGCUCUGGUAUCGAACACUUUAUUUUGAAUAUUAUUGCUAAACUGCCAGACAUAGAAUUUAUCAUCAACACACGAGACUGGCCGCAGAUCUCAACGCAUUUUGAUAAACCAAUCCCUGUGUUCUCAUUUAGUAAGACAAGGAGUUAUUACGACAUCAUGUAUCCAGCUUGGAGUUUUUGGUCUGGAGGUCCAGCCAUUAGCCUCUACCCCAAGGGGAUAGGGAGAUGGGAUGUAUUUCGCAAGGCGCUGAAACAUGCAACAGAAAAGUGGCCUUGGAACUCCAAAAAACCAACAGCAUUCUUUCGAGGCUCCAGGACUAGUGAUGAGAGGGAUCAGCUUAUUUUACUCUCUCGAGACUCACAGGAUCUUGUAGAUGCUGCUUUCACAAAAAACCAAGCAUGGAAAUCAGAUAAAGAUACUUUGUAUGCACCUCCUGCAGAAGAAGUUUCAUUGGAAGACCACUGCAAAUUUAAAUAUCUAUUCAAUUUUCGAGGUGUUGCUGCGAGUUUUCGGUUGAAAUACUUAUUCCUUUGUAAAUCAUUGGUAUUCCAUGUCGGCGAUGAAUGGCAAGAGUUCUUUUACCCGGCACUGAAAAAAUGGAUCCAUUACAUUCCUGUUCCUACGCAGGCCACCAAAAGUGAAAUUCGGGCACUCAUAGAAUUUUUUAAGGAGCAUGAUGAUCUCUCCCGGAAGAUAGCUGAAAGAGGUCAUGAUUUUAUCGCAUCAAAUUUGAAAUUUAGGGAUAUUGAAUGGUACUGGAAAACGUUACUCAACAAGUAUGCAAAAUUGUUAACGUAUAAGCCUACAUUAGACGAGUCUCUAAUCUUAAUUGAAAGAAGCAAGGGACCGAAAACAGAACUUUAAAUGAUAAGUAAAUGAAAAAGAAGGAAAACUCAUCUUCAUUGCCAUUUUUUCUGUUCCUCAUCUCCAAAACAGUUUUCUGUCUUAGCUUUCAAACAAGAGCAGUUUUGAAUAAUCUUGGAUGUUUUCCUCCCACUCUUUAGAAACUCUUUCCCCCUAAAACAAAUUUCUUUAACAUGCCGUAUAAAUUUAUGUAAUGAUUCAUUAAGGCAGUGUCACACAUUUUCUUGAUUCUCAGUUACACAUUGAAGAGGUCGUAAGCAGAAGGGCUUAAUAAUAAUUGAUCAUUUAGUUUUAUUUGACAGUUUAUGUGGCCCAAAUUGUCUUUUAAAUUUUUGACGAAGUUUCUGCCUGAUUUGAUGAAACAUUUUCUGAAAUUCUCAAUGUGAAAUAUUGAGGACUAAAUGCAAAAAAAGUGCUUAUCUCUAAUGCAACGUUCAAAAAUCUUUGAUUUUGCUGUAUUUUCUCCAGGGAAAUUAAUUCCAUACUGUGUUUUCUUGCAAUUUCAGGUGAUUUUUUUAGAGUGACUGAAAAUUUCAAUUAAAACUGAUUGUGAGUGAUAGUUUAUCUUUAAAAAAAUAAUACGACAUAAGGGAAGAUGUACAGUGUUGCAAUCUGAGAUAUCGCAUUUUUCGAAUUCAGCCAUUGAUUUUCAUCAAAUAAAGGGUGGAAAAAUACAUUGUCAGAUAAAUCUGGGCAACACUGCCACGCAAUUAAGACCCUCUCAUUUUGCCCUUUUUAUUGUUAAUGAAACUAUGCAGAAAACCAAGUGCCUUAAUUUACGGAAUAGGGAAUCAUCUUUUAUGCUUUAAAUGAUGUCCUUGUCACUUCUUGAAAUUUUUUGUGAUUUUCCCUCACUUGGUAAAGAGAAAUUUUUUGUUUUAAAAAAAUUGCAAGUUUUACCAUAAUAUUUUGUUUUGCGUUAUGUGAGAAAGAAUAUCAAUUUUAAACAGUGUAGUACGUGUUCUAAGGUGCGCAUGGAGAAGGAGUAAAACUGCCUCCUGUCAUUGAUAAAUGGACAAUCAAAAUCAGUCUAAUUUCAUCAAACGUUGCCUAAUUUCCUCUGAUAUUAUAUUCUUUAAAGGGGAAAAUAAGCAAAAUUGGCAUUUGAAAUUUUGUGAGUGUACUCUUUAUAAUCUAAGGUAAAUUCUCGGGAGAUUAAAGGGUGUUUAGUAGUUUAGUUCUCUCUAUAAAAAAUCAAACAUUAGAGGAAAUUAAGCAACUUAAGAUUCUAUUAGACUUAUUCCAGUUUAAUCGAUCCAAAUAAUCAUUCUACACAUUUCUACCAGGUUGUUAUUAGAGUGAUCAAUGAAGAACAGAAAAUAGAUAAGUUUUCCUUCUGAUAAAGUGGGUGGAGGGAUUUGGAUCUCUUUAAAAAUGUUUUCUUUAGCCGUCUGAUUUUGAUCUCUUAUCCAGCUUUGUAACCAGGUGAUAUCUGAUUAGUUCUAGAGUGAAUUGCAUUUAAACUCACAAUUCCUGUGAUAUUUAUUGUAAAAAGACACCUUUUUGUUGAAUUUUGACAUUUUGUUUUGAAGUAUUAUUUACCAAUGAACUGAAAUAAAUCAGUUUUCAUACAUCUCUUGAA